UUUACUUCUCGAAUACCGCAGUGUUUUGCCGCGAGCGUCAAAUGGCUGUCAAGUACGAUGUGUGUUGUUUGGAAAGAUGAUUUUGCUUUUAAAAUAAUAAAAUGAGUGAAUUUAAAGUGCAUAGAUUGAUGAAAGAUCUAGUUACCUUGACCAGGUCCCCAGAGUUGCCAGAGGUACUUAUUGAACGGCUACAGCAAACAGAAUCAAGACAUGUGAAUCCAGGUCAGACUGCAGCAGUACAAACUAGUUUACGACAACUUUGUAGAGAUAACCCCACUGAAGAACUAUUCACCGCGAAGUAUAAUGAACUGAAGACGAAGAAUGCAGAUUGCCUUGUGCCAUAUGUCCAGUUACUAUCGUUAAUAUCUGAUGAUAAAGAUGUGAAAGAAUAUCUUGAGAGAAGGCUACGAAGAGCCCAAGAAAGAAGUAGAAGGCAUGGCUCUUCAAAUACAAAUGUAUCUGCAACUGUUACAACAGACGAUUUGCCACAGAUCCGGAAUCGUCUCAUGAAAGAACUGGUAAGAGGAUCUAAUGAGGGAAAAGCAGCUGCGAAAGCUCAAAGUGAUGCCCAGGCAAAAGUACGACACCCAACAUAUCAUGUACCUGUGAUGAUUGACUGCAAGGCAAAGAGACCAAAUAUGAAUAUGGAUUUUGUUACUGAUACGGGUCCAUCAUCUUUAGUUGGAGCUUUAGGUGUUAUACCUGCUGUUUCACAGGAGAGUAUAUUGAUACAAGAUAUUCUGUGUGUGCUACAAGGUCUUGAAGGUGUCUGUAUUAAACCUGACAAACUAGAGAGCCCAUAUGCCACUAGGACAUUUGGCAUUACUCCAAGUGUGGAUUCUUCUUUAAGCCAACUUGCUAAAAAAUUUUUUCCACUGGCAUCACACUAUUCAAUUAUUGCGCGCUUCAUAGAAGAAAAGAGGCAGUUUGAAUGUGGUCAGGUGAAUCACGCUUUGGUAGCAGCAGUAGACAGUCUAAUCAAAGAAUACUUGGUAUCAAUAUCACAGCUAGAGGCAUACAAUCAUCGUGGCUCACUCAACUUACAGGAACUUUGGUUUUAUAUUCAACACUGGCAGCGCACCCUUGAGGUUCUUGCUGAUAUUGCUACUUUUAUAUGCAGGUCAGAUGCCAAAGGAGGAAAAGUUUUAACCCUAUUGCAUGAGCUGACAUCUAGUUUUAAUGGUGACAUUCGGAGACAAGAGAUGUGUUUGCAUUUAACACAGUCUGCGUGUGGACCCUACAUUGAGAUACUGGAAAAGUGGAUCUACAAAGGCGUCAUCUCUGAUCCAUACCGGGAGUUUCUGGUGGAAGAUAAUGAAGUCAUUCAAAAAGAAGAACUUCCGUUGGAUUAUUCAGCUGAUUACUGGGAAAAAAGAUACACAGUUCGUAGGGAAAGGAUUCCUGCAUUUCUUGAAAAUAUCUCUGAUGUUAUCUUACGAACUGGCAAAUACUUAAAUGUGAUAAGACAGUGUGGCAAGAGUAUUAAGUCCCCCCAGGCUGAGGAGAUCAAGUACACAAUUAAAGAAAGAAAGUAUGUAGAAGUUAUUGAAAGAGCUUACUUGUUUGCAAGUAAGACUUUGCUGCAACUUCUAAUGGAAGAAAAUGAUCUGAUGGGCAGGCUACGGUCAGUUAAGCACUAUUUCCUUCUCGAUCAGGGGGACUUCAUUGCUCAAUUUAUGGAGGUCUGUGAGCAGGAACUAUCAAAAAAUAUUGAUGACAUAGUACCUACACGACUUGAAUCACUGCUGGAACUUGUCCUGCGGACAUCAACAGCUAAUGUAGAUCCAUACAAGGAUGAUAUGCGCACUGAACUGCUACCAUAUGAUCUCAUUUCACAGAUGUUUAAAAUACUCAGCAUUGAAACUGAUGAAGAGAAAGAAUACCGAGUUGCACUGCAUAAUGUACAUCUGUCUGGAAUUGAAGCAUUCUCAUUUGGUUAUGAUGUAAAGUGGCCUGUGUCACUGGUACUCAAUAGGAAGGCUAUAGCUUGUUACCAGAUGCUGUUUCGCCACCUUUUCUAUUGUAAACACAUUGAGAAAUUGCUUUGCAGGGUUUGGAAGAAAAACAAAAUGGCUAAGCUGUUUUCCAAUAAAGCCCUGAUUAUGUACACUCCAGCAUUCGCCCUUCGAAUGAGAAUGCUUGAUUAUGUACAGAAUCUUGAGUACUACAUGAUGGUUGAAGUAAUUGAACCAAAUUGGGUAAACUUUCUCUCAAACAUCAGCAAGGUCAACAAUGUGGAUGAGGUUCUGGUUUGUCACUCGGACUUCCUGGACAUUUGCCUCAAGGACUGCAUGCUGACUAAUCCAAAGCUCUUGCGAACAGUGUACAAGUUGCUCGAUGUGUGUAUGUCAUUUCACGACUUCAUGGAGAAUAUGGGUCGAUACUACAUGGAGGCGGAGCUGACUUCGAUGAUCGGGUCUGAUGGGAGCUCUGACUCACUUUGUGAGUCCUUGGACAUUCCAACAAAUGAUUCAACAGUUGGUGAGAGUGAAAGUUUUGAGCAGAAUGUGGCAAAGUUCAACCUAAAAUUCACCAGUCUCUUUUCUGGACUGCUGGAUGGUAUUCGUGAGCUUCCUCGUGACAACAACAAUGAAAAACUCAUCAAUCUGAUGUACAGGCUUGAUUUUAAUGGUUCCUACAGUGACCAGCUAAAUAUAUUUGGUUUGAGUAACUCGUCACAUAAACUCAAAGAAGGUGAGACAUCGGGAUGAAAUAUAGUCACCUGAUUCAAGAAUGAUGUUUUUUCCCAGUGCUGAGUCUGUAACCUGUCAGUUAGUAAGACUUUACUUACAACAAAUUAAUUAACCUCUGUGUAGUAUUGUCAUUAGGAUUUUAUACAAAUUACAAUUAUAAAUGAGAUAGUUAAAAUAUAAUUUUAAUCAUUUAUGUUCUUUGUUUCAAGAUAGCAAUAGAGCAAGUUUGAAAGUAGAUUUGAAAAUAAAAUGUUAAAUGUAAUAUUAAAAUAAUGUUUGAUAAGCAGGUCACAAAGAAAAUGGUACAAACAGUGAAGUCAAAAGAAGCAGUUUGUGAGUGUUUUGUGUUUAGGUCUGGACAGCAGUAGAAAUAAACAGAAGAGUGCUUUUAGUAUCUCAGUAGAAUUUUCAAGACUAAGCUUCCAAUGUGCCAGAAAGUGUUAGUUUCUAUAAGUAUGUAUUACCAGUUAUGAAUUAACAGCAGUGAUACAAGGAAUUUUAAUACGAAACACAUCCAAAUACUACGGGUCACUCAAGAAGCAAAGAAGAGGUGUAAGUUGGUAAUUACUAAGAGUGAUAGGUAAAGAAACAAAUGAAACUGAUAGAGCAGUAGAUAAAAGCAGGGUGCAGCAGAAUGGUAGGAAGAGUAUUUUAUGUGAAUCAGAAAUAAAGUCAGACAGAAAAGAAGUCUUGCUCCUUGGUAGCAUUCAUGAGAAGGGUGUAGUCCAAGCAACAAGAAGGUUGGGUUCAGGGUUCCAGAUCAAAAUUUAUGUGAAAUCUAAUGUGUGCUAUGGCCAAGUCAUUAAAGGACCAUAAAGCAUUAAAAAUAAAUUUGAUUGAGGAGGAUCAGGUAUGGACAGCUGGGAGCAGGCAGCAACUUAGCCAGGAAUGUGAGGUACAGUGUCAGAAGUAACAUGAACACACUAGGAGCAGCAAGUGUGAACACAAAUGUAGUUCUGUAUAGGUUCUUUAGUGGAAAGAUCAGCCUUUUCUUAACAAAGCUGUUCAGCAAGUUAUUGGGAAUUGAUAGGGUUACUGCAUUCUUCAGACAGUGCUUGUGUUGUAGCUGUUGAAGUUGAUAAGGUGAAAAUACGUGAAGCAUGGCCUGCUUGCUUAGUUGGAAAUGGAAAGAUGGGUCAACAGAUUUGUUAGUCAAAAGAAUUGGGGGAAGGGCGAAAGUUCUGUAAUAACUUUUAAGAGAAGUUAACCUCUAUAUCUAGACAGGCAGUACUUCAAGAUAUUAAAAUAACUGAAAUUCCAAAUAAUGCAGAAAUAGUGAAAUUGUAUAGUACUUCAGUAUUGUGCACCAGAAUAUUAGAGGCCUAAAAUAACAUUUGAUAAUCUAUGUGAAGUAGGAAGUGGGAAUUUAGUUGUAUUUACCGGUCUGACCAGUAUGUAAAUACAGGAAUAUUGUUGUUGAUUUGUCUUCAAUCCAAAGACUUGCUUGGUGCAGCUCUCUGAGCAAAAUAGAAUAAAAAUGAUCAAUGUUAUUCACAAAGUAUUCCUAUUGCAGCAG